CUUAGUUGGAAGAAGUGGUGAAAUAUACCCUUGGAGUAUGUUGUUGAUGAUAUAGAGGGAACGUACAUUGCCACUCAUAUUCGGACAUCAAAUCGGCAGGCGCAUGUCAAAUGGGUUAUGAAAGGAUAUGCUGUUCUCUGGUCCAUCUGAGGGGAAUAUUGGAGGAAGCAGACGUGAGGCUUUGAGUCAGACGACAAUCAUUGUGGCAUAAUAUCCAAGUUAACGUGAUUUCCAGAUAUUUUUAUAUAUCUCUCUAGACGAAUUAUAUGCUGCUAUAAAUAGUAACACAGCUGGGAAAUAAUAAACUGUGCGCUUGCACGAAUAAUAUAGGAUAUAUUCCUACCAUGAACAGUGAUAUAUUUAUUAUAAAAUACAGAUACGCUAUGUCGAUACCUCUACAAUAGAUGAACAGGAUUAUCAGAUAAUGUGACCAAAGUGUUUAUUUAUUAUGGGACAUCAUUUUGCAGGAAUGAAGGCGUUGAGUUGAGUUAAAUAAUCACACAUGUCUUCCGUAUAGUGUGUCAGUUGAAAACAAUUGCAAAUUUAGGAAGCAAAAUCUAGAAGCACUUGAAGUGUAUGGCUUAUUUACCUGAAAUGCAUCAGUGUAUGAUCAAUGUACCUGGAAAACGUUUAUUCAUAAUAAACUCAUUGGCGAUGAGAUGACAUCUUUAACAACACUAAUUCAAUCAAAAAUAAACCUUUUGAAGUUUUGUUUUUUUUGUAAUCAUCGGAAAAUAGAUAAUGUUCUUGGCAAACAAUUUAUUGCGGUUUGCUUGAAGAUUGUAAAGAGUUUCUUUUGAACGAAACUACUUUAAACCAUCGUUAAUCUAACGGGCUGCAAGGAGCUACAAGUCAUGUCAGUAAAUGAUGCAUUUAUAAAGCAAUAAGAACAAUUUGAGUGUGCAAUUAUUUUGAAAUAUAACAUGAACUAUUGCGUUGGAGAUAACUGUAGGGAUAUAUUUCGGUUUGGUGAUAAUUAAUGUCGCAGGAGGAACUAAUGCAUGCUCAAACAGAAUUUCCUUCGCCUGAGAUAGAAAUGUACAUAUCUGACAACAACAGCAACUAUGAAAAAAUCAACAGCACUAUCUACAAGAAUUGGAAUAAUUCAAUUGAUCCUGUGGUUACGGAUUAUUAUUUCAACACUGGCGUUGUUACAAAAGCCGUGCCGGAAACGGCUAGAGGAGUGACGUUGGUGAUAUAUAUUGCAAUAGGAUUAGCUUUUAACACAUUCAUGGUGGUGGCAAUAGUGCCAAAUAGACGUUUACGUACAAUGCGGAAUAUACUUUUAGUGCAUUUAGGAUGUACAGGGUUGAUUUUCACAAUAUGUAUUAAUGUCGUAACUUCUGCUGUGAGUUUUACCGGAAAGUGGAUAGGAGGUUUAAUAAUAUGUCAAAUAUACGGAUUUAUCUUGAUGGCGCUGACAUUUGUGACAUCAUGGACUAUUACAGCAUUAAGCUGGGAUAAGUAUCAGACAAUAGCAUGCCCACUGAAUCAUCCCUUUACAGCCAAAGCACUGAAACUUGCCGCGUUAUUCGGUGCAGUUUGGUUGUUAGCGUGUGUUUUAUCAUUACCGCCACUCUUAGGGGACAGCCGGUUCGUCUUUCAUCCAGAAAAGGGGAUUUGUUUCGUUUGCACGAGUACUUUAACGGGAAAGAUAUUCAUCUUCCUAUUUAUACUAGCAGCUAUUUACGUACCACUGGGGAUAAUGGUGUUUUGUUACUUGCAUAUUUAUAAAAUUGCUAAAACUCAGUCUAGUAGAAUAGCAGCUACCAUGAUUCAAAUGACUUGUGUCAUUCAAGCUACUGGUGUUCCGAGUAGCCAGACCACUAGUCUCUCAGUGAAAGGAACAAAAGCCAUGUGUACCAUUUUUCAGUUGAUUGGUUCGUUUGUUCUUGUUUAUGUUCCCAUGUCUGUGAUAUUGUUAAUUGAAGUGUUCUCCCCAAAGGAUUUCCAUGUCAAUGAAGUUCUUUCAUCCACCAUAAUCAUGCUAUUUCUCUCAGCGCCAGUUAUACAUUCAUCUGUUUACGGGUUACGUAAUAAAACUCUUCGAAUGUCAUUUCGACGUUACAUGAGACGUAAAAUGCGGUAUUACUGUUACAAAGACAAACGUAAAAACAGUGUUAAAUCUUUCCGCUCAUUUCGAUCAACGUCAUUUAAGGCAGGAAACAAUAAACGAAGUAUUCAAAACAGAGCUGUAGAAGGAGCGUUACGAAGGACUCAAUCAUUUCCGGUUCGUGGUAGUAUGAUGCGUAACGGUCCAAUCAAAACGCGCAUAAAGCAAAACGGUGUGCAUUUGACUGUGCCAGAUGAACGUGACUCGUUGACUCGGCCCCACUCGUAUAAUGUACUCAAUCCUGAGCCGGAGCGAGUAAAGUUUAGUAUCACUCCUGAAGAGGAUGAGCCCUUUCCAAUAGAUAUCCCUCAUAUAGAUGACGAUUCUGGUGACAUGUGUUGAUAUUUGCAUAAAAAGUUUUCCUCAUUAACGGAAUUUACAAAUUAUAUUUUUAAUGCAAAGUGUUUGUUUGAGUGAGUAAAACAUAGUUUGGUAUUUCAUGAACAUUUUUACGGACAUAUUUUAAGGCAUUAAUCUGUUCCAUGCUUGUAUAUUUAAUAUCCCUGUUUGUUAUUUCAAGCAUUUCUUGUUUGUUUCUUUAAAAACAGCUGAUUUUACUGUUAUAGCUUUAAUUUGAAAUAUAGUUUUUUUCAGUAUGAUUUAUAAUAUUUAUCAUGUGUUUCUGGUCUGGAUAUAAAAUACUGUCUGGCCAAAGUAUCGACCAUGCAUCGCGUCUGAAUAUAGGAUUUUUCAAUCCGGAUCUGAAAUACAUUAGUAAUAUGUUAGUUUGUUUACCUUAAAGUAUCAAUUUGUGGGAACAUAGACGUAAAAAACGCAAUAUUGUAUGUUUGUCCAAAAAGUGUGCGAUACCUUUUUUAUGACGUCAUUACACGUGAAAAAAUUAAGAUUACUGUUGACGUCAUAGAGAUCUCUUAAAAGGGCGUUUCUGACGAUUAAUUAUUUUUCACUUUUCAUUGAAAGUCCUCGUAUAUUUAACUGCGCUGUCUUGAAACAGGAUGAUAAAAUUAUCAAUACCAUACAAUAAACGAAAUAAGAUGUCUUCUAGCGACUUUUUAGCAUUGCUAAAAUUUGCGAAAAUGCCUAUCCGAUGUGCAAUAAUCUGUAACGCAUUGUUAUGUAAUAUCAAAUAUCAUUCAUUAACGUUUGAAAAAAUCAAUUGCUUUAAAUUUUGACUUUGUUCUUUCUUUUUCUUCUCUUUUUAUACUUUUUGUUCAAUUAGAUAUGUUUGCAAAAUCUUUAAAUGGUGUAUCCUUUAAAGAUUAUAUCAACGUUUAUUUAUUCUAAAAAGGCCAUUUGAUUCAUUUAUUUGUAUUCUAAGUGUUAUAUUCGCCUAGUCACAUAUUGAUUCAAUAUCCUGCAACAAUUGUGUAUUUAGCCAAAAUUAACCAAUGGCUAGUAUGCAUAAAACUGGCAGCGUUACUGAACAAAUUUGCGUUAGACUGUAAAGGAAGGCUAACAAGGCAUUAAUAGGUAUAACAUUUCGUCACCUUAGUGCAAUUACGUGAUAACUGCAUUCAAAAAUAGAAGCAGCGAUUGAGUUCUUGCACUAAGGUGACGAUUUAUACUAAAUCAAUUAUCUACUAUGUGCAUGACAACAUGGGGUCAAUUCCAUUAUCAGAUAUAUUUAUGGUAAUACAGCUUACUUACGAGUAGGAACUUGACUUUAAAGCCAAAAUUAUAGCAAGUUCAUUUAUUUUCUCUUAUAUCUAGUGAUUCGUCUUUACUUAAUAAGAAGUGGCUCUAGUUCUAGAUACGAUUGUGCUUUAUUCUGUGCAAUUAGAAUAAUUAUACAGUGUUUUGACAAAACAGAGCAUUUUCUGUAAGUUAUCAAUUCAUAUAUCUCUGUUUGUUAUGGUAAAACAAAUCUGAGUUCAAAAAUACUGUUCAACAUAUGUCUCUGACAGUCAAUAAUUCUAUUAUACAAUUGUUUGCGUUAAACAUAUGUUUGUUUGCAGUAUGCAAUUAUGAUUUUAGAUAAUGUAAAAAGUAAUCGUAUUGAAUGCAAAACAAUCGAUUCUAUGCCUUUUAAGUGACAUUUUAUAGCCUUCAUUUAAUCCUUACUUGCAAUUUCUUGAGCGUUGAAAUCGGAAAUGAACGGCUGUUACCAGAAUCAGAUCAUAUGUUAAGAAGACUGCUUCAGAUGACACGUUAUAAGAUAUAAAAUAAACUAUUUCUGGUUGCGGUACCGACCCUUAAUAUUAUGCGGGCACAUAUACAUAUCUAAUGUGAAUCUCAUCAUCCAAUGCAAAUGAGCGGCCGGAGCAAGGAUCAAAUCUCUUCUUCAGACCACUGCUGCAGCGCACAGUUCCUGGUCCAUAGCUCGCCCAUGAUAUAAUUUGAUAUAAUUCAUUAAAAUUAAAUCCAUUGUGACCUUUAUGUUUUCUUUAUGCACAAAACAAAGGCUUAUUCCUUCGACUAUGUAGUAAACAUUUUAAAGUUAAAUAUGUGUGCAAGGUUUGAUGCGUAUACAAGCACAUAUUUUAGUUCGAUGCUAGUUAAAGUUCAUAAUCAGUACAUACACAUGUAUAACAAACAUCACUUUUGACUGAUAACAUUUAACGUUUAAUAUUUUACUUACAUAAAAAUGCAUUUAUGGAAAAUAUUAAUUACUGAUAACAAGAUUGUAACUGUGUAUUUUAUAGCUGGAAACGCAAAUAUACUAAAUGAUUGGUGAAUGCUUAAAGAUUUACUGUGGUAUACUUUAGUCUCAUAAGGUAGAAAUACCGUGUUUUCCGCACAUUUCUUUCAAAUUAAACCCGUUAUCCUUCAUAAGAACCAUCGUUUUCGAAACUGUAUCAUCCUUUUUGGUAUAUCAAAACAUUUGUAUUAAUUGUGUUAAAUCUUAUUUGGGAGGAAGAGUGCAUCUUUAAUUAAUUACCAAAAAAAUUGAGAGUUUGAAUGUAAGGACAUAUCCAAGUGAGGUUCACCAAUUAUGUUUGUUGAUAUUAACAUGUAAUAGUAUCACAUAUGUUUACUCUUGUUGUUUUUACGAAAUGUAAUCUAUGUUGUUAAAUUAUUUUUGUUAUUUAUUUUAUGUAUGUAAACAUGUUAUCAUAGUAUUAUUGAAAUUAGACAAACUUUAA